AUGGCCAGACUUGAUGGUCACUGCCGAGAGGGAAGUUUAAGAAAGGUCGAAGAUGUGGAGAAUGCCGAGUUCCUAGCGGCAAAAGCUUUGGUGAGAGUUCGAGAUGUCGUUCCUGUAAGAGUUAUGAAUUUAAAGGGAACUGCUAUUAAAGCCUUGGGAUGGAGACUAGGUCUACAAGUAGUAACAGGCGCAAUUUCGGUAACUUUUAUUCUGGGUACCUUCUACCGGUCAGCCUCCUUGUAUCACCCUCAACGAAGAGCCAUCCUCCAUAUCAAGAACCAAAAGAGGAAGAUCAAAGACAAGAAUAAGAUCGAAGACAAAGUCCCAUUCUUCGACUUCAGCACCUUGAAAAGUAAAACCGUCCGUAUUCUUCUGAUUUCUACUGGAAUCAGUGCCUUUGGUAUUAACACUCCUCUCUUCUAUUUGGCCUAUCAAGCUGAAGUCGAAGGUCUCGGAGACUCGACGAUCUUCUUGCAGGUGUACUUGGGACUGGCUUGGACUGUAGGAUGUGUAGUAUUCAGCACGUUGGUGCUGCACAAUUCAACUGAAUGUCGAAUUGCCAGGCAGUACCUCUGCCAGACUGCAGUGUUUAUGUGUGGGCUCUCAAUACUUGCCUUCACAGUCGUCAGUGGGAAUUAUCACGCUUACGUAAUGUUUGCUUGGAUUUACGGUAUAUUUUGUGGUGGAUAUCAUUAUUCGCUGAAGAUGUAUACGUACGAACGAGUGAGGGCUCGAAACUUUGCCAGGACUUGGGGUUUCGUACAAUGUUCGCAAGCAAUACCCAUCGUCAUUGGGGUACCCUUUUCCGGUUAUAUGAACGAAAAAUGUGGGGACCGAGCGGGCUACUACUUCAGCUCUACAUGCGUACUAGUAGGUAGCUUAACCUUGUUCCUCAUAGACCUUCACAGAAGAAAAAUAGCACGUCACAAGCAUACCAGAGAAAACGGUACUCGUCACCUCUGUGUGUCCGAAACCUGUCCGCAAAGACGAAAGCUAUCGUUCACCCAAGAACCAGACAAUAAUGACGGAGCAGUCACCAUGGGUGCCGCGGCAGCUGCUUUAGUACUGGGAGCGGAUUUGGGAGGAAAUCAGGGCGGUGGAUUGUUGGAUAAUAUAAUUCUAUCCAAUGAGAAGCCUGAGCUGACGUGUAUUUCUGAAGAAGGAAUAGCAGACAUGGAUCUUCCAGACAACCUUCUGGACGAUCUGGACUAUAUAGGAGACUGUAUUACUUCGUGUAACAAAGUAGAAAAUUAUUUAAUGCUUAGCGAGUUCGAAAAUAAUCUAAUAGCGGAAAUGCCUGUGAUAUUGGACAGGAAAGGUAGACGUUGGUCCUUGGCGAGAUCCAAACCGACUCAGAAUAACGAAGAAUCCACCAAUGAAGAGGAAACUAACGGCGUCGCCAAGGGAAAUGGGAAAUGGAAAGUUUUUCCCAAUAGGGUUAUCACAGUUAUAGAUGAAUCUUCGGUUUAG